AUGGGUACGGCCGACUCCAAGCUGAACUUCCGGAAGGCGGUCAUACAGCUCACCACCAAGACUCAGCCUGUGGAGGCUACUGAUGAUGCUUUCUGGGACCAAUUCUGGGCAGACUCGGCCACCUCAGUACAGGACGUCUUUGCAUUGGUUCCAGCGGCUGAGAUCAGAGCUGUUCGGGAGGAGUCACCUUCCAACUUGGCCACUUUAUGCUAUAAGGCAGUUGAGAAACUGGUACAGGGAUCAGAGAGCGGCUGCCACACGGAAAAAGAGAAGCAAAUUGUCCUCAACUGCUGCCGACUCCUUACCCGGGUACUGCCCUACAUCUUUGAGGAUCCUGACUGGAGGGGCUUCUUUUGGUCCACAGUGCCUGGAGCUGGCCAAGAAGGGGUAUGUGGGGAGGAGGAUGAGAAUGCCCGGCCCCUAGCAGAAUCCCUGCUCUUGGCUAUUGCUGACCUGCUCUUCUGCCCAGACUUUACUGUCCAGAGCCACCGAAGGAGUGCUGUGGACUCAGCAGAAGACAUUCACUCCCUGGACAGCUGUGAGUACAUCUGGGAGGCUGGUGUGGGUUUUGCCCACUCUCCACAGCCCAACUACACCCAUGACCUGAACCGGACUGAGCUGCUGAAGUUGCUGCUGACAUGUUUCUCUGAGGCCAUGUACCUGCCCCCAGCCCCUGAUAGCAACAAUGCCAACCCCUGGGUGCAAUUCUUCUGCUCUACAGAGAACAGACAUGCGCUGCCACUAUUUACCUCCCUUCUCAACAUCGUCUGUGCCUAUGACCCGGUGGGCUAUGGGAUCCCUUACAACCACUUGCUCUUCUCCGACUACCGAGAACCGCUGGUGGAGGAGGCAGCCCAGGUGCUUAUUGUCACUUUGGACUAUGAUAACACCACCAGCUCCAGCCCCACUGUAGAUGGAACCACUACCAGCACUGCAAUGGAUGAUGCAGAUCCUCCAGGCCCUGAGAAUCUAUUUGUGAACUACCUGUCCCGAAUUCACCGUGAGGAGGAUUUCCAGUUCAUCCUUAAGGGAGUGGCCCGGUUGCUCUCCAACCCUCUGCUUCAGACCUACCUGCCUAACUCAGCCAAGAAAAUCCAGUUCCAUCAGGAGUUACUAGUUCUGUUCUGGAAGCUCUGUGACUUCAACAAGAAAUUUCUCUUCUUCGUGUUGAAGAGCAGUGAUGUGUUGGAUAUCCUGGUCCCUAUCCUCUUCUUCCUAAAUGAUGCUAGAGCUGAUCAGUCUCGAGUGGGCCUGAUGCACAUUGGAGUUUUUAUAUUGCUGCUCCUGAGUGGAGAGCGCAACUUUGGAGUUCGGUUGAACAAGCCCUAUUCCGUUCGAGUUCCCAUGGACAUCCCUGUCUUCACUGGCACCCAUGCUGACCUGCUCAUCGUGGUGUUCCACAAAAUCAUCACCAGUGGCCAUCAACGCCUACAGCCCCUUUUUGAUUGCUUGCUCACCAUUAUAGUGAAUGUGUCUCCAUACCUCAAGAGCCUGUCCAUGGUUGCAGCCAAUAAGCUCCUCCACCUUCUGGAAGCUUUUUCUACCACCUGGUUCUUGUUUUCUGCUGUUCAAAAUCAUCAUCUGGUCUUCUUUCUCCUUGAGGUCUUUAACAACAUCAUUCAGUACCAGUUUGAUGGCAACUCAAACCUUGUCUACGCCAUCAUUCGAAAGCGAAGUGUCUUCCACCAGUUGGCCAACCUGCCCACAGACAUGCCCUCCAUCCACAAAGCUCUGCAGCGUCGAAGGCGGACUCCUGAGGCUUUAUCUCGAACCAACUCCCAGGAGGGUGUCUCCAUGGAGGGCUCUUGCCCUGCUGCACCUGCUGAGCCGGGUACCCUCAAGACCAGCCUAGUGGCUACACCAGGCAUUGACAAGCUGACGGAAAAGUCACAGGUGUCUGAAGAUGGAACAAUGAAAUCUCUGGAGCCUGAGUCUGUUCGGAGUCCAGCUGAGAGCAGCUCCCCUGGAGGGAAGAGUGAGGGAGAGUCCUGGAAUGGGGAGCCUAGCCAAGCCUGUCGAGAACAGCAACAGUCACCUACUGCUUCAGCUGGUGGCCAGUGGAGCCCAACUCCAGACUGGGUCCUCUCCUGGAAGUCCAAGCUGCCACUACAGACUAUCAUGAGGCUGUUGCAGGUUCUGGUCCCUCAGGUGGAGAAGAUCUGCAUUGACAAGGGCCUGACAGAUGAAUCCGAAAUCCUCAAGUUUCUCCAGCAUGGCACAUUGGUGGGAUUGCUUCCUGUGCCUCAUCCUAUCCUCAUCCGUAAAUACCAGGCCAACUCGGGCACUGCCAUGUGGUUCCGCACCUACAUGUGGGGUGUCAUCUAUCUAAGGAACGUGGACCCACCAGUCUGGUAUGACACCGAUGUGAAGCUUUUUGAGAUCCAGCGGGUGUGAGCAGAAGAGAGUGAAGAAGAGAAGAUUAGGGAAGGGGUUCGAGGGGCUGGGCGCCAGGGUGAUCCUCUGGGCCCUUCACCCCCUCCUGACUCUAAUUACUCUUCCUUUUGAUUACCAUUUCAAGCUUUAUUAUCACUUUGACCUGGGGAAGGAGGGCAGGGAGGUGGUAAGGGCUAACUUCCCCAAGGGUUCUGCCCAGGGAUGGGGGAAAACCAGAUGUAGGGAACCAGCUGUACCCUUUAUCCAUAUUUGGCUCACGAAGUCCUCCUGCUUCUGGUGGUAGUCACAGAGGACAACAAAGGUUAGAGGACAGAAGGGAAGCUCCCUGUUGGGAGUUACCACCUGUGUCCCAGGGCCAAACUUUCACCUAAUUAAUUACUUCCCUACCAUUUCAAGUCCGUAUUCUUGUCCUGGCUCCCCCAAAGACUUGUUUCUGUGGUCGGCCUCUCCUUUGACCAUGGCUCCAGGUCCUCCCUGCAAGUGGCUCAGAGAGGGUCCUGCACCUCAGCUUUAGGCUGGGGUCCCCCACUCUCUGGGUAGUAGUAGUGAGGAAGUUGAGGUGUGAGUGCUGGGAUGCCCUUUACCUCUCACUACAAAACAUUACGCACUCCGUACACCAUUACAUACAUGCCUCUGAGGCUGAGCAGCUCAUAGGAGGGACUGGACCCUGGGAGCUUCUUAGGGUCUUUUUGGGGGAAGAGGGGACUAACAGUUCCAACCAAGAGUUUGAGUCCAAUUUGGGACAUGUCCCAGACGAAGAACUAAUUCACAUUUUCACAUUUGUACAAAGCCUGAGAGUCUCUUUUUUCACAGAUCAUUUCCCAGAAAGGAAUAUGUCAGGGGGAGCAACCCCCUCCACCAUUCUAAUCAUAGCUUUAUCUUGAAGGACAAAGAAACUGCUUUCUCCCAUCUUGAGUGAGUGGAGGGGACUGAGGGGGAACAUAGUCCAAGAUCCCCUCCCCUGCUUCCCCACAGCAGUCCCAGCUGGCUCCCCUGAUACCCUCACUCCCUGGCUCUGUCCUCCAACCCUGUUCCUCCAGGGUUAGGGUUUCCCCAUCCCCGGUGAGUCCCCCCUCUCUGCCUUUGUCAGUACAAUCUUCAUUUUCAAGCACUACAGAUACAUUCUUCAACCUGCUACUUUACACAACAUUAAAAUCUCUUUUUUCUGGC